AUGGUGCUAAGUCCGCGUUUGCUUAGGCUUAUUUCGAAAACCUAUUUAUUGAAGAAUGGUUCGAGGUCAAUGUAUGACAAUCCGAAUAUUAAGUUAUUUAAGCCUAAAAAACCUCCAUCGCCCGAGUUUCAUAAAAAGACGACGGGGUUAACUGGCUUAUUCGUUGACGAGUAUGGACUUCAAAAUUUGCUGAAAGAAUAUGGGCGACUAAUGAAAGUGUUGGAACAGAUUCCUGAACAUUCUUCUUAUCGAAAAUAUACUGAAAGUCUUGUAAAAAAAAGGAUUUCAUUGAUUGAAGAGGAACCUGACAUUGAAAAACUAGAAGAAAAGAUCGGUAUGGGACAGAUUGAAGAAGUCAUCCUACAGGCCAAAUAUGAACUGUUAGCUGCGAAAGAAGUCUUGAAAAGUCAAGCAUGGGAACCCUUAGUAGAAGAAGCUCCUGAAGGCCAAUGGAAUUGGCCAGUUGUAUAA